UUUCUUAUAGUACUACCGGUAUGCCGGGAAUUUUGAGGCCUCCGGGGCCGCGCACAGGGGCCCUACAUAAAGGCCGGUAUGCCGGACGACGGGAGUUGAGAUAAAAUAAAUCGGCCAACUCUUAGCUGGAACCAAACAAGGUGCCAUACCUAACCAGCGGUUAUUAGGGCGAGAUUCAAUUUGACUGCAGUCAUACGAUACCUCGAUACUUUCCAUGGAUGUUCCAUUGAACCUCGUCCGCCCUCUUGGGCCGUGCGAAAUAUACUCGUCGAUAAGACACGCGCUUGGAUUCUACAAAUGCGUUGUAAACACAUGCCGGUACUCGAUCCCACUGGCAAGCCUCGGGGGUCAAUCCGUCCGUGAUGUGCUCGAGACCGCCGUUGCCAAUGUCGUUCUCGUCAUCCCAUCCUUGAGUGUCGGCAUAGUUGGCGAGCAUACCAACAAGCCACACUUCGUCCAACGGCCGUCCAUCGACCUUGAGCACCAUAUCGAAUUCCUCGAGAAGCCGAAUACGGACCCCGCUGCUCGCGACAUGAGUCUCCUUAGGAUGCUUGAAGACCAGCACGAUCGAUGCUUUCCCGAUACAGAGCGUCGACCGCCAUGGAAGCUGACCGUCGUCGUCUGGGGAGCUAUAUCGGAGCCAAGUUCCCUUGUGCUCGAUGCCAUGUUGGCGGUGCACCAUUCGAUAGCAGACGGACGGAGCACUAGGUUGUUUCAUGUCCAUCUCCUCAACGAGCUCAGCCACCCGUCGCCCCGACCGUCGCAACUUUCUGGCCGCAUUUUGGACACAGCCGGUGUUCGCGGGCUCCUUCCACCCCAGGAAGAACUCGUCAAGUUCACAUUGUCCUGGAAGUUUAUGCUCCAGACUCUGUGGCGCGAGCUUGGGCCCGCGUGGUUUCGAAAGGAUCAGCAUGGGGCGCCGUGGACUGGGAAGACCAUCACCCGUGAGCCAUGCCGAACGCGACUACGACUCGUCACCGUUCCGACGGUCGGCGUGGGGCAUGUUCUCGCCGCCUGCAGAGCGAAGCAGACCACACUUACCCCGUUGCUGCACGCUCUGGUUCUGGCUUCUCUAGCCAAGCAUAUCCCCGGAGAAAAGGCGCAGGCGUUCCGAAGUUCGACUCCCAUUGACCUGCGGCGCUUCAUUGAAGCCGGUCCUCAGACCAGCGGCGGCACAGGUUCAUUUGGCGAUUUCGUUACAGUUCAGUCCCAUUACUUUGACGCGCCGGCCCUUACGGCCAUGCGUGAGGGACCUCUGGAGGCGGAGAUCUGGAGGGUAGCGGCAGACUUGCGGCGCAGCAUGAAAGAGCACCUGGACCGAGUCCCGCACGACGACAUUAUGGGGUUGCUUGGUUACGUGAGCGACUGGCAGCAGUUCUGGAUGAGCAAAGUGGGCAAGCAGCGCCAAGACACAUGGGAGGUCUCCAACAUCGGCUCGAUGCCGGGCGGCCACGAGCGAAGCGAAGAGGCGACGGUGGGCUGGAAGAUACAGCGUUCCAUCAUGUCCCAGGGUGCCACCGUCGCUGGGGCGGUCAUCGGCAUCAGCGUUGCCGGCGUAACGGGCGGGGAACUCAACAUCUCUCUAGGGUGGCAGGAGGGAAUUGUCGAGACGGAAAUUGUAGAUGACCUGGCGGAGGACCUCCAACGCUGGCUUGAUCGGUUAGGCCGCGGCCAAAACCUGGGAGAUUGGCAGUAGUGAAGCUGUUUUAUAAAGUGACUUCAACAACCUAUGACAGAUAAUGUAUAAUUA